CAGGAACGAGCCCCUCCGCCAGCAUUGAUUGUGACGCACUAAGGCGAUUCCGAUCCAUUGACUCACUCAAGGAUAUGCUUCGCGGGGAGAAAAGGCCGUUGCUCGUGUCGCUCGUUUGUCCCGAGGAAUAGUAGACGUAUCUUUGGCACAUUGCGUUAGAGUCGGACACAAUGCCCAAGGUCCACCUCCUCGACUACGUCGCUGGCAACGUGCGCAGUCUUGCCAACGCCAUCGAGAAGGUCGGCUAUGAGGUAGAAUGGAUCAGGACGCCCGAGGAGAUUGCCAAUGCGGAUAAACUGAUCCUCCCUGGCGUGGGCCACUUUGGCCACUGCCUGUCCCAGCUGGCCGGCGCCGGCUUCCUGCCCGCCAUCCGCAAGCACAUCGACGACGGCAAGCCCUUCAUGGGCAUCUGCGUCGGCAUGCAGGUCCUCUUCGCUGGCUCGUCCGAGACCCCCGGCUGCGCGGGCCUGGGCGUCAUCGGCGGCAGCCUGGACCGCUUCGACGACGCCGACAAGGCCGUGCCGCACAUUGGCUGGAACGACGCCGCCACCGCGCCGCCGCUCUCGGAAGGGGGGAUGUACGACCUGCGAGCCUCGUCAAAGUACUACUACGUCCACUCGUACAAGCGCCCCUACGUGCCAGGCGAGCUCGAGGCCGCGGGCUGGACCGUCGCCACGGCGCGGUACGGCGGUGAGGUCUUUGUCGGCGCCGUCGCGCGCGGCAAUGUGCUCGCGACGCAGUUCCACCCGGAGAAGAGCGGCGUCGCCGGCCUGCGCGUGCUGCGGUCGUUCCUGACAGGCGAGGGCGCCGCCCAGCUGGGUUCCUCUCCUGCUACUACUGCCACCACCACCACCGCCACCGCCACCGCCACCUCCCCCGCGCCGACCACGACGGGCCUCACGCGCCGCGUCAUCGCCUGCCUCGACGUGCGCGCCAACGACGCCGGCGACCUGGUCGUGACCAAGGGCGACCAGUACGACGUGCGCGAGAAGGACGACGCGCGCGGGGUCCGCAACCUCGGCAAGCCCGUCGACCUGGCGCGGCGCUACUACGAGCAGGGGGCCGACGAGGUCACCUUCCUCAACAUCACCUCGUUCCGCGACUGCCCGCUCGCCGACCUGCCCAUGCUCGAGGUGCUGCGCCGCACCUCGCGCACCGUCUUUGUGCCCCUCACCGUCGGCGGCGGCAUCCGCGACACGAUCGACGUGGACGGCACCCGGGUGUCCGCCCUCGACGUGGCCCGCAUGUACUUCGCCUCGGGCGCCGACAAGGUCAGCAUCGGGUCCGACGCCGUCGCCGCCGCCGAGGCCUACCUCGCCCGCGGCGGCGGCGGCGGCGGCGGCGUCCUCGCCGGCGACACGGCCAUCGAGCAGAUCAGCGCCGCCUACGGCAACCAGGCCGUCGUGGUGUCGGUCGACCCCAAACGCGUCUACGUCGCGUCCCCGGCCGACACGCCGCACGCCACGCUCAAGACGGCGUUCCCGGGGCCGAACGGGGAGGGCUACUGCUGGUACGCGUGCACGGCAAAGGGCGGGCGCGAGACGCGCGACGUCGACGUGGUGCAGCUAGCGCGCGCCGUCGAGGCCAUGGGCUGCGGCGAGCUGCUGCUCAACUGCAUCGACCGCGACGGCACAAACAGCGGCUUCGACCUCGAGCUCGUCGCCCAGGUCAAGGCCGCCGUCCGCAUCCCCGUCAUCGCCUCGAGCGGCGCCGGCUGCCCGGCACACUUCGAGGAGGUGUUUGCAAAGACCACCACCGACGCCGCCCUCGGCGCCGGCAUCUUCCACCGCGGCGAGUACACUGUCAAGCAGGUCAAGGACCACCUGGCCCAAAAGGGGCUCAUGGUCAGGCAGUUUGAGGGCGAGUUGUAAAAGGGGACAUAUAUCAUCGGCGAAACGAGCUGGUGAUAUUGAGCGGCCCUGUGAGGGUUUCCUGUCAAGCUGAUAUCUAGACCAGAACAAAUAAUAAAA